AUGGAGGGAAAGAGGACGAGGUUCCCAUCGGAGUCACAGCCACAGAGCGUGAUUCUUCUCGCGAAAAUUAAAGAAUUCACUCGAGCUCUGCUUGCAGACCUCACCAACGGACGCUCACCGCUCAUUCUCAUUUAUCGCUUCAGAAGCUACUGCGCUGUUCCCAACGCCAACUGCUUUUGUGCCUCCGAUUUGCCGUCCGGAAAGGAAGUUCUCACACUCCGCAGGAAAUCCCACGCGCACAGACUAGUUGUCAUGUUGAGAGUGAUGCUGGUUGUUCAGAAACUUCUGCAAGAGAACAAGCAUAGUUCUAAGAGAGACAUUUAUUACACGUAUCCUUCUCUAUUUUUAGAUCAGUCAGUGGUGGACCAAGCAAUUAAUGACAUAUGUAUUCUUAUGCAGUGCAGUCGCCAUAACCUCAAUGUGGUUUCCGCCGGGAAGGGGUUAAUUAUGGGCUGGAUAAGAUUCUCUGAAGGAGAAAGGAUAUUUGACUGCAUAAGUUCUCCCAACACUGCCCACCUCGUUCCUGUUCAUGUUGAAGAAGUUCAAGAUUGGGGAGAAACAUUGCCUAACUUGUGCAUAGAUAUCAUUAGUGUUGCUCGAUACAUAUUAGUGGUGGAGAAAGAAUCAGAAACGUACUUGCUUGGCCUUUCUUUGAUUUUAUGCAUUUUGUAUACAAAAAGGUUUUUGCGGCUUCUGGUGGAGAAUUUACGCCUGCCUGUUUAUUGCUUGGUUGAUUGUGAUCCCCAUGGGUUUGACAUCCUCACCACUUACAGAUUUGGUUCUAUGCAAAUGGCUUAUGACACGAAACAUCUUCGUGUCCCAGACAUACACUGGCUUGGAGCUUUUCCUUCGGAUUCUGAGAGAUAUUUUGUUCCAAACCAGUGUCUCCUUCCUUUGACUGCUGAAGUGCUCUUAAUAUUCCUUCUAGACAAAAGAAAAGUUGAAGCCAUGUUACUUAGAUGCUACCUUCAAAGGGAGGUACCACAAUGGAGGUUGGAGCUAAAGCUGAUGCUGCAAAAAGGAGUGAAGUUUGAGAUUGAAGCCUUGUCUGUGCACGCACUUUCAUUCUUGUCAGAAUCUUACAUACCAUCUAAAAUUGAAAGUGAGGUUUCUCGCCGUCUAAGACCAUAUUUCACCUGGUCUUCUGCUCCUCGCACAGAUAUCAAGAGGAUGAACAACAGAGAAUCCAGACUCGUCGUAACAUGGCUUAACGAGUUUGACUUUGUGAAGGAUCCAGAAAGAAGUUAUUAG